AGACCUUCAACGCGAAGACAACGCGUGCUCGAUGGAGGUUGUAAUCGCCAUAUUUUCUGAGGGACGUCUGUGGGCUGUUCUUUAACUGUGUCGGAGUUGAAAAGAGUUGGUAGUACCCUACAGGCUUUAAGAUAACUGUCACCACUGCUGACCCCACUGAGCUCAAGUCUAAUUCAGCAUGACGAGUGGGACAGAAGGCCCACUCUUGGAACUAUCUCAAGAUGGCACUGUCCGUACAGGGUUGUUUCCCUCUGAGUUGUGGAUCCAGAAACAGAAUGAGACACAAGAUUCCCCAGAACUUCAGGCAGAUCCAGAGGUGUGUCAGGUGUAUGUACAGACGGGGCGUCAGUCAUCUCCAGAAUGGUCGACAGGGUUUCUUUCCCAUGAUGGCAGUAUUAAAAAUCUGAAUGACAUCAGGUCACUGGAUUCGGUGUCAGCAGGUGGGAUGUCUGGAAAACCACAUCCUGUCAUGCUUAUCAGAGCGAAUCCCAUCUCAGACACUGAUGAUGAAACAGAGACAUCUCCACUGGUACCAUCUAGUGACGUUCUCCAAGCUCUGCAUGCUGGUGAUGAGGAUGCCCUACAGACCUCAGGUUCUCCGGAAUUACCUGCAGAUUCACCUGAACUCAUUAACUGUAAACCUGGUUUGCUCUCCUAUUCAAAAAAUCCUCACUUGGAAACUUCAACUGAGACAGAAAGAAAGCCAUUGGAAUCAGUCUUUCAACCAUCUCCUCCACUGGUAUUGCAGGAGACUGUCAACACGCCGACAUCAGAAUUUUCCUCUCUUUCCAGUCAGAGUUAUUCUGAAACUGAUUCAGCAAACUCUAAAAUCUGCCCAAACCAGUACGUGGCUCACCAACUGUAUCUCAUGACCUGUGACCCCGAGCCAACUCAAGUCACACACACAACCUGCACAGUUUCGUGUGCUUCACCUGCGUGUAGGUUAAAUGUACCGUCUCCCGUAACUUUGAGUAGACUGGUCAAUAACAUUGUCCGAGAUGUUUCAGGGACUCUGAGAGACAGAACAAAAUCUACAUCAGCAGAGAGGGCUUCUGUUGCAGAAAUCACUCCCUCCACUUAUCAGGAUGAUGCCAUACUAUCUGAGUCUUCUCUCACAGCAUUUGCGGACUUUUCAAGUCGACCGACUUUCCCCAGCAAAAGAGCCACCAACAAUCUCAAUAACAACCUGUCUCCCACUGGUGAAUCUCCAAUCACCAAACGGUUUUGCUCGAACGCAAAGGAGGUCAUUGACAGAAUAUUGCCUGAGCCACAGCCUGUCUCUCUCCAUCAAGUUGAUGUUCGCCCUAGAAAUGAGACACAUCAAAUGGGCAGUCCUCAUUGCCAAGAGGCAAAAGUUCACCUGUGCCAUCCCGUCAGUCUUGCAGGCAUGCUUAGGCUUUCCUCGUCAGAAAACAAAAACACACCUACCUACUCAUCGGGGAUUCAUGCACAUGCCGUUAUUGGAAAGGAUAGGCAUGAGCCUUCCAUUCCUUACUUAUCCUCCAAUGUUGCAUUUGGACAUGUCCCAGCGUCACGCUUUGAUGCAGCGGCAGCAAGGAGUGUGGAUGUCGCCAUAAGUGAAGAUCAGCACACUGACUCCUUGAUAACCCCUAUGCCUGGCUCUCAUAUCGCAUCACUUCCAUCUCCCGUGGAUUUCCAACCAUGUGUGUCCCAGGCCUCUAACAUCCUACAUGUACCUAUGGGUGCAUAUACCUUUCAGUCACCUCCGUUGCAUACGCCUGCUGUUCACAUGCCAGAUGCGUUCCUGCUUGGAGAAACAAAACAGUUGUCACAUCACUCAGCUAAUUCACCUGCACGUGCAGUGCCUGAUGUUCAUUCACGUAAAGAUGCAACAUUAGAUGCUCCGUGGAAUUCUCCGCCCAUAGUUGCCUUGGCCUCAGUUGCAGUGCCUACGAUUCCUUCAUCAUCUCUAUUGAGGUCCAUGCUGUCAAAUGUAGACUCCCAAGGGGUUCAUUUCAAUUCACUUUUAGCCCAUUCGUCUGCCUCUAAGUCACCUAAGCAUACGCCUACCGUAUCAUCAUCGCAGAAUCGGCAGGCCAGCACUCCUGUUAGUGUAUCAGGCCUUGUUUCACCUUCACCUCGUCUGAUUCCCCUCAAUUCACCUGUGGUGCCCAAGAAUAUGUUGCCGUCUGCUUUAUCCCCCUCCGUAACCCUAGAUAAACCAUUUAGAUUACCACCGCCACCUUAUCCCGGGAAAAAACCUGGUCUUUCUGUUGAAGAGUCUUACAUGUAUCCACACUCAAUGCAUAGUAGUAGAUACCACCAAACGAUGUUGUCAAACGAUGUGAUUUCUCCAGUACAUGAGUCGGACCAGAAGCUUUUACGUACCGCAACUCGACCACUCAUUAAUUCUAUUCAUAGUCCAAGGAUAAAUACUUGCCAUUGUGCCUAUUGUGUGUCUGCAUGUCGUUAUGUAUGUACAGCAGCCACAGCAAACAUUCCUCCAAAGCGGGCCUCAAAACGCUCCAGGAGGAGAAAUCCUAGCCAGAAGAAAUCUCUGCCAAUGCAAAUGCGCGCCGCCCCUCAGGACGCCUCUCCCCAGCAAAGUGCUCCAUCUGAUAGGACCAGCAAGCUUGCUCAAACCUUGCCCGCCAGUCCCUCAGACGCAUCACUUCAAAGUGCUACAUUGUCUUCACAGUCUGAGAAGUAUCUUGCCACAUAUCCCAGUGAUGAGGAAGUCCUCCACCCUCAUCCGCCGUUCACAUCAAAAGGGGUUGAUAGACUGCCCAACCCGAUUGUUCAAACAGUAGUUACCCUUUCAAAAGCAGAGGUUGUCUCAUUACCUCCAGACACGACAGCCAAGCCUGAGAAAAAUCGCCCAGGGUCUCAAACAACCCUGAUAACACCGCAGCCCUGUCUAAAGCAGAUGUCCUCACCGGACCAAUUGCAGCAUCCUCAAGCGUCACUAGUUGCCCAAGAGGAGGUCAUACCUGCACAGACACAACCUUGCGAAAAACAGGUGUUGUCACAACCGUGUGAGAAACAGGUGUUAUUAAUAGACCAUGGUCCCAAAACUUCAACAGUACGUCAAAGGGACAUCAACCCAUCACUGACUCGCCCAUGCAAGGAGCAGAUGACAUCUCUAGACGGAGUUCCUGAAGUUUCAAAAAUACCCCAGGGGGACAUGCACAUCAAACCAAAACAGAAAAUGCUGUGCCUGGAGCUUUGUCCAUCAUCCAACCAAGUUCCGGACACAUCAACAUCAAGUACCAUCCCAGUACAGAUGCAGCUUCUUGAGGAACAGUCAUCAUCAUCAUCAGACCAGGGUCCUGACACUUCCAGAGCAGCCCAAGUCCAUGCCAACCCAUCAGAGAUACAGCUAUGCCAGGAGUGGUCAUCUUCAGGCAGAGCAGCGGAAGAGACAACAGCAGUAUCUGUGGAACCUGGUAACCUCGUCAAAUGCAUCAACUGCAGUCAGAUCUUUGAACAAGUAUCCAGCAGCAGUCUAACCUGGAGAGAUGUAAAAAUCUUAGUAGGUCCCAAAUUCUUCGACAAGCCAUGGGCAUUGUCAGGCGUCACCAUGUGUCAGUCUUGCUUAACCUCCCUACGCUCUGUCGGCUGUUGUCAGCAGAGACUGGAAAAGAUUAAAGCCUUGUUCAAGCAAGCAGCAUUCCCGGAGAGCUACCUCUGGACAGGUUCUCUUUGCAAAAGUGGGAAGGACUUCUGCAUGCAUUGCGGUGGCACCUUGCUCCCCCAUCCCUAUCGAGUGGCCGUCUUCCGCCAGACCGCUGAGGGCUGGUUUCCUGCUGAUGUUAUCACAGCCGAGUUUCACCCCUUGUGCCCCCUUCAGGAGGGGCAGGAUCUGUAUCUCUGUACGAGAUGUUACCACGACUUGGGCGCGAUUCACAAUGCCCUGAAGCAGGUAGAAGUAAGCUGGGCUAAAUUUAUGGAGAAGAUGGUACCUUCAAGUUACCUGUAUUAUUCUAAUCAGCUGCAGUUGCAGAGACAGGACUACGGUCGUAUAGGAGGGAAGUCCUAAGAUCCUCGUUUGAUCAAUGCAUAACAGCUGCCUUUCCUCUGUAGAUUUAGAAACUUGCCUAUUGCAGAAACUGUACUCUCAAAAUAUCUCCUUUUUAAAGUCAACUUUGUGAUAAGAGUGUAAUCCUUUUCCCACAAAAAUCGUAUCCAUGUUGUUUCCAAUAGUACCCUUUCUCAAAGUGGAAGUCCAGCCAAGAGGAAGCUGUAAAAGGUACAUGAAGUUGUUUGUUUUUUUCUUUAAAUCAUGUUGUUGUGGACCCUUCUGCUUUUUUCCAAACACAUGUAAUUGUUAUCUUUGUGGUCACCUGCUAAAAUCCACAAUUGCAGCAGGUAAAUGCACUGACUGUGUUCUGAAAAAUAAAACAUUGCCAGCCAGUCGGCUUAAGUGUAAUGUUUUUAUUUUAAAUUGACUUAUCAUGAUGGAAAGUGACUUAGAUAAGAAACACCUGCAGCUGUACGUGCAUCUUCAUGUUUAGUAUAAAUCUCAUGCAAGUUUUGAAAGUACAUGUAUUCUAAGAGUGUGCAUUCCUUUCACCUUUGUUUCCUUUGUUUCGUUUGUAGCAUUUAGCCACUUAUAUUGUAUUUACUUAGCCACAUAUACAGGUGUUUACUUUUUUGUGUUCGCUAACCCUUCCUGUUACUUUAAAAUCAGGUGAAGUGCAUUAUUAUGGGUAAUUCCAGAAAUUAGGGGUCCAUAAGUGUGACAUUUUCGUGGCCCUGUUACAUCUGACCUUUGUUAUUUGACAUGGAAAUAUCAGCGGAAUUGAUUUCAGACUAUUACUAUCUGUUUGGCAGGUAGUUUCCAUUAAAUUAAUUCAUCACUCUUGAAAAUUAGAAAAUGUGUUCUGAACUUACAAAAUUACACAUCAGGUGUGACAGGGACACACAAAACAAUGGACCCCUAAUUUCUGGAAUUACCCUCAUGUCUCGUUAUAUAUCUCCUUUAUAUUUCUGUUUAUCAGUGUACAUGUACACGUAGCUACAUUAAACGAACGCUGUAAUCCUAAACAAUAGAUUUUCAUGUUACCGGUAGUCUUGCCAUAGCAGUAGUUAGUACUUGCCACAAAAGAUAUUCUUGAUGCACAUGUAUGUGUUUGAGAUAUUUACCGUUACACGGAUAUGUACUGUUAAUUCAGUAUUUUUUGUACAAGUCAAGUGGUCAGUGCUUAUAGGGGAACCAACAAUCUAAAAAGCAUCGCUCACUGUGUAAUUCACCUCUCGUAUUGAUAAAUAAUAGAGGUGUCUCAGGUGAUGUAAUACGACAGGCAACUUUAGGCAUUUCAGGGAGUGUAGCACCGUAUGUCCGUGGAGGUGUGUGAAUUUCGAUUUCUGUAUACUGUACAAUUUUUUUUUUAUUGGUACAUGUAACUUCAUGUACGCCAGAAUGUUGAGACUUGGAAAGCACACGCGUUUCUGUACACAUCUGUGUAAAUCCAGCGUUGAUCGUCAAAAAUCAUGUGACUGAAAAUCCGCUGUGAGUACGUCAUACACACAAGUACAUGCACUGUAUGUGUGAAGACAUUAGCAAGAGAACCCGUGUGUGGACCAAUGCGUGCACCCACUCCAUUUGUUUCUACAGCAUUUACUGGCUCAAUCAACGUCACACAUAAGUACGUGUACUCUUUACCUGAUGCUGGUAUCGCUUACAGAUUUACUUGAUAUUUCACUCCCAGAUAUCCUGUCAUCCUGUUCCUCUCACAGAUGCAACAUUGGCAACUUUACUUUUGGUUUUACACCUAUAUCAAAUGGGUCUGUGCGAGAGGCAGACAAAUUAGGUGCUUUAUGUGUUUUAGGAAAAUAUUCCUCUGCAACCAAAUUCCCUUUUUUUUAUUCAAAAGAAGCAGAAUUGUACAACUUUAACCCUAACAUUCCUAUAUCCUUCAGGGUUAGGGUUAAAGAGAGAUUUCGCUGUUGUGGAAUUGUUGUCCUGAAGUUCAUUUAAAAGAGACAGUGUACAUUUCUUUCAAUGAAUAUUUUGUCAUUUUGGGUAAAAUUAAUUUUGAAUUAGACAGUUUUGAAGUGAAUAUCACAAGGUCAACCCACUUAGAAAGAAUAUUUCUGUGAAAAUUGAAAAAGCGUCCAAGUUAACAUAAAAACCGAAGGUUUACCCGUUGGAAAUUAUAUUUUGGCGAAAUUUUGAAUUGCAAAAUGAAAACUCCAAGGUUAACCUCUUGCAGAUGAUGUUUUAAGUGAAGUUUUGAA